CUUGUUCUUCUCACACUCACUCAAUGACCACACAGCUUCAACUUGAUCACUCUUUCCAUCAAUCAGCCAUGCCAGAGCUUCUACUUUCUCCAACCCAUGACCACCUCCACUACCUCUAUUUCGAUCAUUCAACCUUCACAUGGGUUCCACCUGGUUAUCGCUUUGCUCCAACCGAUGACGAGCUCAUUCUCCAUUACCUCUCCAACAAGGUCAAAGGAGAGCCUUUACCUUCUGAAGCCGUCACCGAUUGCGAAAUCUACGGCCACCAAGACAAGGAGCCCUGGAAGAUUUUUAACAUGACCUCACCCAGAAAGUUCUACGUCUUCACCAAGCUCAAGAACAAGGGUAAGGGAAAAAGGAUUGAACGAACGGCUGGUCGUGGGACUUGGAAAGGGCAAAGAACCGAUCCAGUCAAGGAUUCUGACGGUAAUCAUAUAGGGUUCAAGAAGCUUUUUGUGUUUGAAGUUAAAGGGGACGGUGCCAACAAUGUCAAAGGGCAUUGGCUCAUGCACGAGUAUUCUCUUCUUACCCAAGUAAGUUUCCUACCUAUCUUAUCACCUCCAUUGCAUGCUUUUGUACGAGGAUGACUAUAUUUAUGCAAACCCCAACACUACUGUUAAC